UCAGUUUUGGAGAGUAACCUGGCAGAGACUGGCCACAAAUACUCUGUGGAGAUGGACCGUCUCCAGGUGACUCUGACCCAGCUGGAGGAUGAGUUGUCUCAGCUACGUUUGGACAUGCAACGCAACAAGACUGAUUACGAACAACUGCUGCGCGUCAAACAGAAUCUGGAAAUGGAGAUCGCCACCUAUAGGAGGCUGCUGGAAGGAGAGGAAGUGGUGAAGGAAACACCUCCACCUCCUAAAAAAGAACUUGAUGUUCGCACCAGGAAGAUUGUAAAAGUGGUGACCCAGACUAUGGUCAAUGGCAAAGUGGUGGACGAGUCCAGUGAAGUGGAGCAGAUAGAGGAGCACAAAAAAUGAGUCCAAGCAAUUAGUUCUGGAAACAGAUACCUACUGGUUGUGGAUCAGGCCUUGUCAAGACCUAUUUUAUUUUUUUCCUGCUGUUGUCUCUGUUUUAAUUAAUACUUUCAAUUUGU